AUGUGUUGGAGCAGGGCUAAGUUUCCUAACAACAAGGCCAUUAUUGAUGCUCUGUCUUGGGAGUUGAAAGGGUUGCAUGAGGGGCCUCUCAGUGGUGUGAGUAGAGUUAGAGAAGAAGAGAUUUGUGGAGAGUUAGAUGCUGCUUGGGCUUGUGAGGAGUUAUUUUGGAAGCAGAGGUCCAGGGUUAACUGGAGGCUGGAUGAAACACUUUUGGCUGUGGAGAGUCAGAUUUCUGAUAGCGACAACUUGUCCUUAAGCAAGUCGUUCUCUCUUGAUGAAGUUAGAAAGGCUGUGAUGCAGUUGGGCAAUUGGAAAGCUCCGGGGCCGGAUGGUUACCCCGGUCACUUUUAUAAGGAGCAUUGGGAAGUAGUUUGCGAGACUAUUAACAGAGCUGUGGCUUGCUUUACUAAUGGUGACUCUUCCUUGAACGCCUUCGUUCCUGGAAGGUUAAUACAUGCUAACCUUAUACUAGCGCAUGAGGCUUAUCAUUACCUUAAGCUGAAGAGAUCGAAGCAUUGCCAUGAGUUUGCCUUGAAGUUAGAUAUGCAGAAAGCUUAUGAUAGAGUAGAGUGGGACUUCUUUGAGGUGGCUCUGUUGAAAUUUGGGUUCAAGAUGGAGUGGGUAAAGUUGAUUAUGAAGGUGGUUACCUCAGUUUCUUUCUCAAUCAUGAUUAAUGGGAAGCAAGGGAGCUAUUUAAUCCUUCAAGAGGCCUACGUCAAGGUGACCCUCUAUCGCCUUACUUGUUCCUUAUUGUGGGAGAAGUGUUGUCGAGAAAUAUUGAGGCUGAGACUAGAAAAGGAAAUCUUCAGAGUAUUAAGCUUAGUCCUCAGUGUCCAGGGCUCUCUCACCAUAUCCUCUGGACAAGCUGUCAACCUGGGUAAAUCAUUGAUCUUCUUCUCGGCCAACUCUCCUAUUGAAAUCCGGGAAAUGGUAGCUGCUGAGUUGCAGAUUCCCAUCAAUCCUCAGCCGGGAAUUUAUCUCGGUCUUCCCACUAUCUGGGAAAACUCCAAGAAGAGUGCGAUGGCCUAUAUUCGAGAGAGAAUUAAUCAGAAGAUUCAAGGGUGGAAAGCUAAUAUUCUAUCUCAAGCUGGAAGAGAGGUGCUCAUUAAAGCCGUGGCUAUGGCGGUCCCGGCCUACCCUAUGGCUAUUUUCCUACUUCCAAAAACUCUAUGUAAAUCUAUCAAUUCCGAUCUUUCCAAGUUUUGGUGGGGUUUCAACGAAUCCAAGGAUAAGAUGCAUUGGAAAAGCUGGGAUGAUCUGUGUAGAGGGAAAUUUGAGGGUGGGCUCGGAUUCAAGAAUUUACAUGCUUAUAACUUGGCUCUUCUUGCUAAGCAUUGCUGGAGAUUAGUGAAUAAUCCCUCUUCUCUGUGGGCUAGAGUCCUCAAAGCUAGAUAUUUCCCCCAUGUAAGUUUUAUGAAAGCUAAAAAAGGGUCCAAAGCUUCUUGUAUUUGGAAUAGUAUGCUUGCAGGUAGAGAUGUUGUUGUAGAGAAAUCAAUUUGGAGGGUGGGAAAUGGAAAGAGUAUUGAUGUUUGGGAUGACAGAUGGGUUCCGAAUAAUAAUGGGGGUCGUAUCAGUCCUACAGAUAUGUCAAACAGAUUCACUCCUUUGUUGGUUGCGGACUUAAUGGACUCUCAGAGGAAUUGGAACAUCAAUAACUUGGAGGAGUUUCUUAGCAAGGAGGACAAGUGCGCUAUAAGUGCUAUUCCGAUUUGGGGGGGGGGAGAAGGACAAUGA